AAUGCGAAUAAUAAUAAAGAAAUAAUAGGGGAUUGAAGGAGAAAAAUUUUGCUUUGUGGAGAAGAGAAUUUUGGUUUUUGUGGAAAAAAUUUUGGUGGGUUUUGGUUGUUGAAGGCGCCAGUAGAUCGUGGCUGCCAGCUUUAGUUGGAAUGGGUUAUGGGUACACAUGAAUACAGUAUUAUUAGGAGGAAAGGAAGUUUUUGGUAUUUGUUCCCGAGUUGGGAGCUGGGUUUGGGUUCUCUCUGCUAGGUAGAGAUAGAGAGAGAGAGAGAGAAGGAAAUGAGGGAGGUGGCGGCAAUGGCGGCGGCGGUGGCGGUGGCGGUGGUGCUUCUCUUGUUGAAUGGUCCGGUCUUAGCUAAUGCUGAUACAGAUCCAAAUGAUGCCUUGGUUCUGAGGGCAAUGUUUAGUAGCCUAAAUUCACCGUCACAGCUGACGAAAUGGAGCUCGAGUGGCGGUGAUCCUUGUGGAGAGUCCUGGAAGGGAGUCACUUGCUCGGGGAAUAGAGUAACCGAAAUCAAGCUUUCGAGUUUGGGACUGGGUGGAUCAAUGGGAUUCCAAUUGGAUCAACUGAAAUCCGUAACCACCUUUGAUAUAAGCAAUAACAAUCUCGGGAACCAGUUACCUUAUCAGCUCCCUCAGAAUGUGAAGAGACUAAACCUUGCUGGGAAUGGCUUUAGUGGUGGCCUCCCUUAUUCCAUUUCACAAAUGACUUCUCUGCAAUACUUAAAUGUGAGUCACAAUCAGUUUCAGGGCCAGGUGAAUGACAUGUUUGGAUCGCUCUCUUCCCUCUCCACAUUGGAUUUUUCUUUUAAUUCUCUGGCGGGUAAUCUUCCUCAGUCUUUCACCUCGCUUUCAAGUAUGAGCAAAAUGUUUUUGCAGAACAACCAGUUUACUGGAACUAUUAAUGCCCUUGCGAAUCUUCCCCUCGAUAAUCUAAACGUUGAGAACAACCGAUUUACUGGCUGGAUUCCUCGGCAGUUGAAAGGCAUAAACAGCAUACAAACGAACGGUAAUUCAUGGAGCUCGGGGCCUGCGCCCCCACCUCCACCCGGUACACCACCCGCAAGCAAGCCCAACAGGAAUAAUCACAAAUCAGGAGGCGGUAACCGCCACUCGAAUGGCGGUGGCAGUGAUGGUGGAAGUGGAAAAUCUGGGAUAGGGGGAGGAGCGGUUGCCGGGAUUGUAAUUUCCGUUUUAAUUAUCGGAGCAAUAGUGGCAUUUUUCGUCGUCAAGAGAAAACCGAGAAGGACAAUAUCGGAUAUAGAGAAGGUCAAUAACCACCCGUUUGCUCCCCUUGCUAUGCAGGAAUUACAAGAGAUGAAGUCUAUUGAAACGUCCCCGAGGACGCCCACCAUAGCAAUGAAAACCGUGGACACUCUAACUGCAGUAAAUCUAAGACCCCCGCCUGUCGAUUAUCAUAAAACGAUUAAUGAAGAACCGAUUGUUCCCGCCAAGAAAGUCAAUAUAGCUCAAAUAAAGGCCACUCGGUAUUCUAUUGCAGACCUACAGAUGGCUACAGAUAGCUUCAGUGUCGAGAAUCGUCUUGGCGAGGGAUCAUUUGGACGUGUCUACCGGGCUCAAUUUGAAGACGGGAAGGUUCUUGCUGUAAAGAAAAUUAGUUCUUCUGCUCUGCGGGACCCUGAAGAUUUUCUGGGUAUAGUUUCUGAAAUAUCGAGGCUGCAGCAUCCAAACGUUGUUGAGUUGGUUGGAUAUUGUUCAGAGUACCGACAACAUUUGCUGGUUUAUGAAUUCCACAAAAACGGUUCUUUGCACGAUCUUUUGCACCUCUCUGAUGAGUACAACAACCCCCUAACUUGGAACAGCAGGGUCAAGAUUGCUUUGGGGACAGCUCGAGCAUUGGAGUAUCUACACGAAGUUUGCUCACCAUCGGUGGUUCAUAAAACCUUAAAAUCUGCUAACAUUUUACUCGAUUCGGAGCUCAACCCUCAUCUAUCGCACGCUGGAUUAGCAAGCCUUAUCCCAGCUGGAGAUCAGGCUUUGAACCAUAAUUCUGGCUCGGGAUAUGGUGCACCCGAGGUUGCCAUGUCUGGUCAGCAUACUAUAAAGAGUGAUGUAUAUAGUUUCGGAGUUGCCAUGUUGGAACUUCUUACUGGAAGAAAACCAUUCGAUAGUUCAAGGCCAAGAUCUGAGCAAUCUUUAGUUCGGUGGGCUACACCUCAGCUCCACGACAUUGAUGCUCUGUCUAAGAUGGUAGAUCCAGCACUGAACGGACUUUAUCCAGUUAAAUCCCUCUCUCGUUUCGCUGAUGUAAUUGCUCUCUGUGUCCAGCUGGAGCCCGAGUUCAGACCGCCAAUGUCUGAAGUUGUGGAGGCAUUGGUUCGGCUUGUGCAACGAGCAAACAUGAGCAAGAGAACAUUCGGCAAUGAUCAGGGCGACAACGCAGACGCUAAAGAUUAAUUACGGGCCUUAGGAUUCUCAUUCUCAUGAAGGUUGAUGAUGCUUCCCCCUUGUGACUAAAGUUAAGGUGCAUAUUUGCUUCCUUUGCUGUAUUGUAUAAUGCCAUUAGUGUAUAAUAUUCUGUAAUGUGUUGAUAGUGUUCAUUCAUUAAUUUAUCUCAAGCUCUGCAGACAUGGUUUUGCUUCUUCAGCUCAUACAUUAUAAAACAGGACCUUCCCAUAAAAGGGUUUCAUUGUUUAUGAAAAUUGAACAAAAACAUGUUUU